ACGAAAUUGAUGAAUUGAGUUGGCAUUGAUGAUCAAGCCACGACUUCUUCAAACAUUCUUCAUUUUUUAACUAUAACUCUCUCUUUAGUAGUCGUCCUCAGAGCCUUUCUCAAUAUAUAAAGUCAUCUCACCAUUUUACUCUCUCCAUCAUCUCUCUCUGUCUCUCUUUCGUUCAACUAUCUAACUUUUACAUUAUAUAUCUCAAUGGGAUCUACAGCAACGGCCGCUCUCCUCCUCCUCCUCCUAGCCGCAGUCCCUGCCGUCUUUGCCGUAACUUUCAAGGUUGGCGAUACUUCUGGAUGGACCAGUGGCAUCGAUUACACGACUUGGGUCACGGGAAAGACUUUCAGAGUUGGUGACACUCUAGAGUUCAUAUACGGUCCUUCACACUCGGUGUCCGUGGUUGAUAAAGCCGGCUACGAUGGCUGCGACAGUAGCGGAGCAACACAGAGCUUCGCCGAUGGAAACACUAAGAUCAAUCUUAAAACAGUAGGAACAAUGCACUUCCUUUGCCCUUCUUCUGGUCACUGCCUCGGUGGCAUGAAACUCGCUGUUCCCGUCCUCGCCGCCGCUUCAUCUCCAGCCACCCCUUCUUCGCCACCUUCUCCACCGCUUUCCCCUCGCUCGCCGCCCAAAACCGGUUCGCCUCUUCCAUCUGCAUCUCCCCCGGCCAAUGGCACACCGGAGUCAGACGAAUCAUUGACUCCUCCACCGUCUCCAUUGACGCCUACGCUGUCUCCGUCGCCACCAAACGCUGCGUCUAAGGGAGUCAUGAGCUAUGGAAUAAUUGGAGCCGCGAUGAUAUUGAUGUACGGUGUUACGGCCUAAGUCAAAGGGUUGAAACAGAGCAUUUUUAUUUUGCUCGAUAUCUUUUUGGUCUCGCUCUGUCUUUUGGAACUACUUCAUCACUACAUACAUACAUGCAUGCUCUUUAAUUUGUGUGUAACGAUAUUUUAUUUUUUUGAUUACUUGAAACUAGUCUCUCGUAGCUAUUCCCGAGCUUACAAAAAAAAUCGAAAGUUGCAAAUACAAAGUACAAAAAAAUUUGAAGAUAAGAGCAAAACUGAGUCAAUUCAUAAGGAAUCCAUAUCAAGCAAACUUAGAACAUAGAAGGUUUAAUAGGGAUGAAUUAAACAAAGAGAACUUCAAAGAGAAACCACCAAACCAAGCUAGGAAGGAGUGUGUUAGGCAAGUAAGUCUUUCUUUGCCUUCCUUUGCUGAGGAAACAAUUUUUUUAAAAAUCACAAGUAGAAGAUAAUUUUGCUAAACCUAGUGCUAAGGAAUUAAACUUAACAAGUUUAACUUUUUGUAAAGAACCCAUAAUGCACUUGUUUUUGGUCCAAAAUGUUGAGAUUAGUACAGGAACUAAAAGCAUGAUUAAUAGUGGUCGCUUAGACUAAGAUUUUGUUAAGAAAAGCUUUUACAUAAGAGCCCAUUUCGGGUUUUCAGAGUACUGACAAUGUUACCAAAUGAUUAUUAGCCCAAACAAGAACCAACAACGUUUUGCAAGCACCACAAGUUAGAAACCAGACCCCAUACAAAA